AUGAGAGAUCGUUACAAGAUUCUAUUGGUAAUUGCAAGUGUCCUGCUCUUUCUCCGAGGUCUCUUCUCAUUUGUAAACACGACGAAUGAGGGGUGGCUGACACCGACAAUAUACAGGCAUGGCGACCCUGUCGAGAUAAUUGUGAACAAGAUUGAGUCAGAUGCAACUCAGCUGCCCUACGGGUACUAUGACCUACCCUUUACGUGCCCCCCUACAGUUGACAAGAAGCCUUUGCAUCUUUCAUUGAACGAAGUUAUUAGAGGUGAUAGGAAGUGGCAGAGUAAUUACGAAUUAGAAUUUGGGAAAGAUACCGAAUGUACUGUAUUGUGUGCAAGAAAGACGAAUCCAGAUGGUAUGAGGAGCCUAGAUAAAUUUAUCAAACAAGAGUAUGUUGUUCAAUGGUUUAUUGAUAAGGAGCUACCAGCAGCGACUACCUUCAUCUCCACAGUUGAUCAGAAAAAGUAUUAUGGUUCCGGAUUUCCAUUAGGGUUUGUGGAUGAAGAAACUGGUAAGGUUUACGUUAACAACCACGUAAUGAUGGUUAUAAGAUACCAUGCGAUUGAUGAUUACAAUUUCACGAUAGUAGGAUUUGAAAUAUACCCGAAAUCUGUUUCGGACUACCAUUGUCCGGGUGCCUCCAAGGACUACGAUCAAUAUGAGGUGGUGGUUCCUGAAAUUGCAAAUGAAGAUACCUUCAUUCCCUUCACUUACUCUGUUUAUUGGAGGGAGGAGUUUGACGUAGAGUGGAAGGAUCGUUACAAUCUGUUUUUCGAUUCGGGAGAGUUAUCAGGGUCCGUCUCCAGGAAAUUUCACUGGAUAAGUUUGGCCAACUCCGCCAGUAUUGCAUUUUUAAUGACUUUCAUUGUUUCCCUCAUUUUUAUCAAGAUUACUGGCAUUCCAAAUCGCCUUGAGACGAAAAAAGAAUCCCCCAAAGCUUCAAUUUUCGUCAUCGCAAGGAACUGGUUUUACGACGACAGACCAGUAAUGCCCCAUCUGUUUAUUUGCAUAGUUUCUAUGGGUGUCCACUUCCUUUUCACCGUUAUUGGAUCUUUAACAAUAUCUUGUUCGUUAAACAGUUUGCACACGAUAAGAAAUUCGGUACUUACGAUGGCUCUAUUAUUUUUCGUUCUCGGUGCAUUUAUGGCUUCCUUUGUUGGUGGUACUCUGUUAAUAGAAAAUAAUAAGCUGAUAAUGAGAAGGGGUUCUUUGAAAAAUGUCUUUUCAAACAUAUUAUUAUUUUCUGUCGUCUGUGGCUCGUUACUUCCAGGUAUGGUGAUUCUCACGGCUAUCAUUUUGAAUUGUAUUAUUUGGCUUCAUACCUCCACUAAUGUGCUCCCCUUUGCUACCAUAAUGAAGCUGCUUUUUAUUUAUUUCAUUGUUUGCAUUCCACUAAGUGUUUUGGGUGGAUCAAUUGCAGCCAAUAAGGACUCUGAAGAGUAUUCUCGUUUGAGAAGUGACUCUAUAAAAAGGAUAUCUAGGACACGCGCAAACAAGAUCAUGGAUGAAGACCAAGGGACAGAUGUAAGAACCACAAGAAAGUUGAAAUAUAAAGUAAGAUGGCAACUUAAAAAAAUGAUGCUGGACACCGUGACUGUGGUAAGCUUGUUAGCAAGUGGUAUUUUCCCUUUCAUUAUGAUUUAUGUUGAACUCCAAUUUGUCUACAAAUCUGUCUGGUACGAAAAGACCACGUUUUAUUACUAUUAUGGGUUUCUACUUGCCAACAUUAUACUAUUAUGCCUUGUCAUUUGCGACAUAGCAAUCAUUUGUUCCUAUUUGAUGAUGACUGUAUCGAGUAAGGAUAAUUCAGAUUCAUGGAAGUGGAAGACUUUCCAACUGUCCAGCAGUUGUGCUUGGUACAUGGAGGCCUAUUCCAUAUAUUACGUUUUCAAAGUUUUGAAUAUGCGCGACUUCUCAUCAAUACUCAUUUCAGUAUGCUACAGUCUACUGUUUAAUGCAUUAUGCGGACUUGCUAUGGGAUCUAUUGGCUAUUUGGCAUCUCUUUGGUUUGUCAAAAGAGUAUAUAGGUCUCACUUCCAAAAGUAA